AUGACUUUUCAUGGAGGGCCCGCAGGUACAAGAGGAUAUCGAAGGCGGCAAAAGGAAGGUGUGUUUAAAGGAAAACAUAAAUUUCUACCACGGGGUCACGGUUUUUCGAACUCUCGCCAUUACUACUACUACUACUACUACUACUACUACUACUACUACUACUACUACUACUACUACUACUACUACUACUACCACUACUACUACUACUACUACUAUUACUACUACUACUACUACUACUACUACUACUACCACUACUACUACUACUACUACUACUACUACUACUACUACUACCACUACUACUACUACUACUACCACUACUACUACUACUACUACUAUUACUACUACUACUACUAUUACUACAGCCAACAUCGUAAUCCCCGCCAAUAUUACUAUAAUGCUGACAAACGCUAA